AUGGGCGUGCUGUUUCGUGAAUAUCAAGAAAAGACUUUGAAAUCAUUCGUCUGUGAAGAUUAUACCUUGACACCACCAAAUGCCAUACUGUUAGGGCCCUCGGGAACAGGUAAGACGACGACCCUCAAUUCAGUUCUAUCUUCUUCGGCUGAUAUUGUCUAUGCCACGAUCAGACCAAAUGAACUGGUCACAUGGAAAUCUUUAAUCCAAGCCACCUCAAGAGUCAUUCAACGAAUCCUCAAAUUAAACUUCCCACAGACUUCAUGUCCGGCUUUGGAUCCCUUGCAAGUGGAAGACUAUUUCGGGUUGGUGAAAGAUUUGAACAUCGUCAUGUCACAUUACUCCUCGGUAUGCGAUACCAUUCAUAUCAUCUUCGAUGGAUUUGAUUUGUUGCAAGAUAUCGACGCCUCGUUGCUAUUAGUCUUUUUAAAAUUGCAUGAACAAAUUAACAAUGGCCAUUUGAAAUGUCUGUUCGUCAUUAGAGACUCUGCGUUCGUUCAUAGAUAUUCGAAUUUUGGCAUCCCGACAAUAAUAUUCCCAAGGUACAAUCAAUCACAGCUGUUUGAAAUAUUGUGUAAUUUGAAGACAGCGGAACUUUCGAAUUAUGACAACCGGGAGAUCUCAAGAGAUAUUGUGGAAAAUUUUAUUCAAUUGAUAUUGCAAAGUUUCCAUUCAUACACAGGUAGCAACCUGUCCGCUAUUAUUGACAUCAUCGAUUUGAAAUGGCCUCAGUAUAUUACUUUUUUGAAUAAUGACUCGGUGAAUGAUUCGGCAACGCUAUAUAGGCGUGCUAAGCAUUUAUUCACUUAUGUUGAUGAACCAUUGAAUAAUAGUACUAGUAGCGGUAGCGGUAGUGGUAGUAGUAGCAGUGGUGAUGGAGUGGAACAUGAAUUGUCAAGAAUGGCAAGAUACAUAUUAAUCGCAGCUUACUUCUGUUCUUACACAAACCCCAGAUAUGAUCCAUCUUUAUUUUCAAGAAAGAGUGGUAUUAAAGCAGGCAGAGUCUCAUACGGUCGUAGAAAACAACUAGAAGAAAAUCCAACUCAUAGACAAGCAGCAACGUUUGCAUUGCAGAGAUUACUUGCAAUAUUUCAAGCAAUCUAUCCACUAGGCGAUGAUGCGGACGAUAAUCCAACUGCCACGAGGAAUGGAACAUUGGAACAAUUGUUUCAAGAACCUUAUAUUCGACCAAAUAUUGAAGUGUUUCAAACUAUCGCAGAAUUAUAUUCUUUGAAAUGGUUGGCUACCUCUUCGAUGAGUGCCAACGUUGAUCUGUUGAGUGCAAAAGUUAGAUGGAAAGUUAACGUCGCUUGGGAAAUCAUAUUGGAGAUUGCUCGGUCCAUCGACUUUGACAUUCAACAAUAUUUUUCAGAUAUAGCUACAUAA